CUAAAACCCAACCCACCAGUCCACAAACUAACCCACACAGUCCUCCUCAGACUGUUCUAUGAUCAAAACCAAACACAAUCCUUCAAUGCCUUUCAAGAACCUUUCUUUUCUCUUCUCUCUCAUCACCAUUCUCUCUCUCCUCACUCCCUCGUCACAAUCCCACCGCUCCAGGGAGUUACUUUCCCGGACCCACCAUGCCCCGAAAUUCAACGUCAUGUCGACGAUUUUCGACUUCAACGUGACCGGACCGUCGCCGUCAGACACUCCCGGCGGCCAGUGGGUCCUACUCCAAAAGAGCAUAGGCAUCUCGGCCAUGCACAUGCAGCUUUUAAACAAUAACAAGGUGGUCAUCUUCGACCGGACCGAUUUCGGCACCACCCCGCUCAACCUCCCUCACGGCCAGUGCCGCCACAACGACGCGGUGGUGAAAGUGGACUGCACCGCCCACUCCAUCGUCUAUGACGUCGCCAGUAACACCUUCAGGCCUCUCGCCGUGCAGACCAACGUCUGGUGCUCCUCCGGCGCCGUCCACCCCAACGGCACCCUCAUCCAGACCGGUGGCUACCUCGCCGGCGACCGGAAAAUCAGACUCUUCAGCCCCUGCUACGAUCUCCAAGAAUGCGACUGGGUUGAAUUGCCGACCAAUUUAACGGUCCGGCGAUGGUACUCUUCGAACCACAUUCUCCCCGACGGGCGUGUCAUUAUCGUCGGAGGCCGAGGACAAUUCAGCUACGAGUUCUUCCCCAAGAACCCAAAUGAUGAAGCCUCCAUGAAGCUUUUUCCACUCCAUUUCUUGAUCGAAACCAUGGACUGGUUCGAAGAAAACAAUCUUUAUCCAUUCUUGCACCUCCUGCCGGACGGCAACCUCUAUAUCUUCGCCAACCAGCGAUCGAUUUCGCUCGAUUACGCGAACAAUCGUAUCGUUAGGGAGUUCCCGGCGAUCCCCGGCGAAAAGAGGAAUUACCCGGCAACGGGUUCGUCAGUUUUGCUACCUCUCCGGUUAACCGGCGGCGAUGGGUCGCAGUUGCUGGAGGUGGAGGUGAUGAUAUGUGGUGGUGCACGGGGAGGUUCGUACACCAAGGCACGAAAGCGUCGUGUAUACGUGGAGGCAUCUAAGAGCUGUGGGCGUUUGAAGCUCACGGAUUCUGCACCCCAGUGGGUGAUGGAAGAAAUGCCCAUGAGUCGGGUCAUGCCCGACAUGUUACUACUACCGACCGGUGACGUGCUGAUCCUCAACGGCGCGUCGCACGGCACGGCCGGGUGGGAGGUAGCGGUCGGACCGGUUCUCAACCCGGUUCUCUACAGACCAUACGAGACCGACACAAGUAAAAGAUUCACUGUGCUCAACUCCACGAGCAUUCCAAGAAUGUACCACUCAGCCGCCACUUUAUUGCCAGAUGGCAGGAUUUUAGUGGGCGGUAGUAACCCCCACCCAAAAUACGUGUUCACCGACACACAGUAUCCAACAGAACUGAGCUUGGAAGCUUUCCUGCCACAUUACAUGGCCCCACAGUACGCUACUCUGCGCCCUUCCAACAUAACAGUGGAGGGUCAUGUCGUAUCGUACGGUCAGCAAUUCGCUAUCACGCUUGGGUUGAUUAUGUACCGUUCUGAUCGCGCGAUCACAGUAGCGAUGAUUGCGCCGUCGUUUACUACGCAUUCGUUCGCAAUGAAUCAACGGCUGUUAGCGUUGGAGGUGCUGGCUAUUGAACGGCUGUCGUUGUUUGGGUAUAAAGUUACGGUGUUUGCACCUCCAAAUAAGAAUAUUGCACCGCCGGGGUAUUAUAUGCUGUUUGUGGUCAAUGAUGGAAUACCAGGGCAUUGUGUUUGGAUCAGGAUCAAUUGAAGAUCAAAACAAUUUUUUUUUUUUUUUUUUUAGGGUUGUCCAAAUUUGAGCCUAUUUUUUAUAAUUUAUUACUUUUUUUUUAGUGGAGUGGAAUUUCAAAGCAAUUUUGGUUGGUUUGGAAUUUUCAAUUUUACUUUUAGGAAAGAAUAAUCUUUUGACGUAAUUACCCUUUUCAUGUGUUUUUCUUGUACGUGUGUAAUUUAUUUUAUUCACUCUCUUAGGAAACCAAGAAAAUAUUUUUAAUAAAAUGCAGUAGUAAAUUUGUAAAUUUGCCUAUUAGGC